AUGGAUAUGAAUGACUUACAGGUACGACUCACUAAGGUGUUUCGGGCACUAUUUUCGUCACUUUAUCUUAUUCUCAUAAUAUUGACAAUUCCUCUAUCUUUUGAUGUGGGAGGAGUUGAAUGUGGGUUAGCUUUUUCUUUCACAACAUGUACAUUAUAUUUUGUACUAACCACAAUUCAAUUGGUUACUAGAAAAAAUCGAUAUGUGCGGUGGAUUUCAUUACUUUAUUAUGUCCAGCAUUUAUUAAUUCCAAGCUUAUUGACAUUGUUUUUAUCUUACUACAGUUCAAAACACAAACCUCACACUUUGACAAUAAUUGACCUUUGGAGGCAAUUUAUCAUCAAUUCGACUCCCAUAUUUACAAUUCUUGAAGGCUUCUGCUCGUUAUUAUUGAUCCAAGCGAUUGGACAGACAAUCAACUGGUUGAUCGUAUACAAAUCUGAUAGUUGGCUAAUAGUAUCACUCGUCGGCAGUGGCUCUACAAUUACAGCAGCAUUAUACUUUUUGUAUCGGAUAUAUGUGUUCCCGUUCACAAUCGAUAUUGUGAGUGCCUCGUUGCUAGGGUCUCUAUUGACAAUGACAGUUGGGCUAGGUUUGUUUGGUAUUGUUUCGGGAAAAGGGUCCAUGAUUGAAUCAUCACUUCUUUUUGCAUACAUAGUCAGAUGUAUCUAUGAAACCUUUCCAAUUUUAUCUGAGGGUGCUAGUAAAGCUUUGACGGCAUUAUUCACCCAGACUACAUACAACUUGAAACAAGAAAUACCCAUUUUACCACCGCAGAUUUUGAGUCGACUACUGCAGCUGGUUCCAUUUUUAGCUUCAAACUUGCCAGGGUCUUUUAAAACAAUUUGGGAGUUCUUGCUAAUGGCCAUUCAAAAAUUGACCUUACCUUUGUUAUUAAACUUGGCUUACAGGAUAGGAGUGUUCUACGCAGCAACUAAAAUCAUACCCUCCCUUUAUCAUGGUGUGAUAUAUCCAUCUUUAUCACCGCCUAGAACUCCAUCACAAACUCGUUCUCGACUGGUUUCUACAUCACCAAAUAUAAUAGUCUCAGAAGCUUCAGAUGGUGAUAACAACGAAAACGUUGAAAAAAAGAACGAGGAAUCUAGUACAUCAGAACAAAGCUCACAUACCGCACCUUUCAGAUUGGCUCCACCAAAUCGUGAACCACCAUCGACCCUUAUAAAAUUUAUUUAUGCAUACUCACCGUGCAUCGUAAUAGCAGUCUAUACUCAUCUCAUGAUGCUGUAUAAUGGAGAACUUGGAACAGAGCUUAAAAUAUGGGGCUUUUGGGAUUCAAGCUACCCUUCCAAUAUGACAAUUGUAGUUCAUCCUUGGCAAUUUUGGAACUGGGUCAACAUGGCCACUACAAUACUCCUAUACGCUGCUGAAUUAAUGGGUAAUAGUGGUGAAUCUGGAGGAGCGGCUUUGACCAGCCAUUGGUCGGUAGAGUGA